AUGGCACUUAGACUAGGAAUAAACGGGUUUGGCAGAAUUGGAAGACUUGCAUUGAGGGCAUCGUUAUCUAAACCUGAAGCAUCAGUAGUUGCAAUAAAUGAUCCUUUUAUGGAUAUCCAGUACAUGGCUUAUCUCUUCAAAUAUGAUUCUGUUCAUGGCCAAUAUCCGGGCUCAGUCACUACAAAUGGUAGCAAUCUUGUUAUUGAUGGCCGUGAAAUUCGCUUUCUCACUGAAAAGGAUCCUGCAAAAGUAGCAUGGAAAGACAAUGGUGUAUCUCAUGUUCUAGAAUGCUCAGGAGCAUUCACAACUCUUGAAAAAUGCUCUUUGCACCUCCAAGGUGGUGCUCAAAAAGUAAUCCUUUCAGCUCCCCCAAAAGACGACAUCCCGAUGUUUGUUAUGGGUGUAAAUCAUAAAAAAAUGCAUAUUUUUCAUAUAUUUUUGCCUAAAAUGAUUUAAACUUAACUAAAGCUUUUGCAAAGAUGCGUAUAAAAAAUGCACCCAUCUAAAUCAUAAAAAAUACACCCCAAAUCUCAAUGUGAUUUCCAAUGCAUCUUGCACUACAAAUUGUUUAGCACCUCUUGCUAAAGUCGUCAACGAUACUUUUGGAAUCCAAGAGGCAUUAAUGACAACUGUUCAUUCAAUCACUAUUAAUCAGCUAACUGUAGAUGGCCCUUCAAAAGGAGGAAAAGAUUAUAGAGCAGGCAGAGCUGCUGGUAUGAACAUUAUCCCUAACACUACAGGAGCGGCAAAAGCUGUAGGAAAAGUAAUCCCCGAACUUAAAGGAAAAAUCAAUGGCAUGGCUUUUAGAGUCCCAACAACUGAUGUAUCAGUUGUCGAUUUGACUGUGAAAAUCAAUAAAUCAGCCACUUAUGAUGAAGUUGUUAAUGCUGUCAGAGAAGCUUCUCAAGGAGAAAUGAGAGGCAUUAUUGGGGUAACUGAAGACCAAGUUGUCAGCUCUGACUUUGUGCAUGACUCUAGGUCAAGCAUUUUAGACGUAAAAGCAGGAAUGCAGUUGAAUCCAAACUUCUUGAAAUUAAUUUCCUGGUACGAUAACGAAUGGGGAUACUCAAAUAGGCUUGUUGAUCUAGCUAUUUAUACAGAACAAGCCAAGAAUAAAUAA